AUGUCAACACGAUCUCGGCCCAACAGCCCAGAUACAGAGAAAGCCGCUGAGAUUCCUCCUGCCGUGCAAGCAAUUUCUAACUUGCGUUGCCCGCUGCCACCACCUAUCCUUAACAACCUGAGUCGAAACACCCCGACACAGAAAUCGCUUGAAGAGGAAGCAAAGAAUGCUCAAGCAUCCUCAGAAAAGCUUGCUCAUCCCAGUGUGACUGUCGACGUUCGUGAAAUUCGUGGUAGACCAGAUGAAAGUUUGAAGAGAGCCAGUUUAGAGUCUCCUCGUCUCCGGUCCAGAGACAGCGAUAGUGGACACGAGGGCCUUCGGGCACCUGCUCCACGAGGACCAUCCGCUUCAAGACAAGAGGUUCAGGAGAAAGAGGCGAAUCGCUCAUCUGUCCAUGCCCACUUUUCGUCAGAGGAGUCGCUGCGACCAAAAACUAGACUGCGGCUGGGGCUGAACCCUGGUGCUCAAAGCACGGCUGGUGCUGGCGCCGUCGUGAACGGUUCUUCUGCUACUGCCCGUGCUGGUGCCACUAGUCCGGCCUCCGGUGCUGAGUUCAAGGAUCCACUUUCUAGUAUAGGCAGUCAAUUGCCUAGUUCGAGGGAGGAAGGGGCAGCAAACAUUGACCCUCGCCUCCCUCAGGACGACGGGAAGCUCCAUGUUCUCUUUGGUGUUUGCGGUGCUAUCUCAUCCGGCAAAAUCAAACUCAUCAUUAACAAGCUCUUCGAGAUAUAUUCUCCUCAGAAGAUUGCCAUACAGCUCAUUCUCACGGCAUCUUCAGAAAACUUCAUCAGCAAUGAAACAUUGCAGCUUUUAGAAUCAUCUAAACGUGUUCGUGUCUGGCGUGACUCCGACGAGUGGGUUACUUGGAACUCUCGCGCUGAUCCAGUGCUCCACAUCGAGUUACGUCGUUGGGCCGAUAUUCUUAUUGUGUGUCCGUUAACCGCCAACACUUUGGCCAAGAUCUCUCUCGGAAUUUGCGACAACCUUCUCACAUCUGUUAUUCGUGCUUGGAACACUGCCUACCCUAUCCUUUUGGCGCCAGCCAUGGUGAGCAACGCCUACAACGCUAUCACCACGAAGCGUCAAUUGAGACUAAUAUCAGAGGAAAUGCCAUGGAUUGAGGUGCUCAAGCCUGUUGAGAAAGUUAUGGGCUCCUACGGAGAUAUUGGCAUGGGUGGCAUGAUGGACUGGAACGAAAUCGUUAAUAAGGUUGUCUUAAAGUUGGGUGGCUAUCCGGACAUCGACGAUGAUGACGAUGAUUCGAAGAAUAAUGAGGCUGCUACGACUGAUAACAAUAAUAAUGACGACGACGAUGACGAUGAUGAUGAUGAUGAUGACGAUGAUGAUGACGAUGAUGAUGACGACGACGAUGACGACGACGAUGACGACGACGACGACGAUGAUGAUGAUGAUGAUGAUGAUGACGAUGAUAAUAAUGCAGUCGCCGAUGAAGUCAUUCGUGCUCAGAAAGUUGUCGAAGCCGAGAAGGAGAAGGAAGCCAAAGAGCAGUUGCAAUUAUAG